UUGGUAAUGAGGGAUUCGCAUUAGCCAGAUGUUUUCUUCUUGGCAGCUGAACUGGGAGAUAAAUUCUUGUUUUGUUACUGAGUUACAAAUGUAUUAAGCUGAAUUAAAAAAAGAGGAAGUGAGGAAGAAAGAACACAAGGACUUAAGUCAGUGCGCAUACUAAGCAUGACUUCCUGCAUUUAGAAACAUUCAUGAGUAUGCGUUUUUCUCUUAACUUCAAAAAACAAACAGCAGUUAUUUCAAAUUACAACCUUCUGACUAAGAAAUGAUGGAUGAAUGCUGGAAAUAUUUCUUCCUACACCUUGCUUGCUGAUAAAUUAGAAACGUAAGGCUGGACUCAUUUUAAACAAUGAAUUACAAAGUCUUCGGCUGGAUUUUGACAGUGUCAUCGGUCCUCAUUGUAACUACAAAUCUCUUGAUUGCUUCAGCUCUUCUACUACUCAUUCGGAGAAAAAAGAAUAAAAGCUGGUACUUUGUAUUUAACUUGGCUGUGGCAGAUAUCUUGGUGGGGUUUGCAAUAAUUGGGAUUGUAAAGGAGGUCUUCAAUUCUAAUACAUUGCAAACCCAAAAAACAACGUGUCUCAUUCGCAUGGCCUGGGUUACUUCAUCUUCAACAGCAUCAAUUCUUGCUAUGUUCCUAAUUGCUUUUGAUCGCUACCUGGCCAUUAAACAGCCUUUCCGUUACCUGCAGAUUAUGACUGCUAUUGUUGUAGCUGCUUGCAUCUGUGGACAGUGGCUCCUCUCCUUCUUGAUAGGUUUCCUACCAGUAAUGGUGAAAGAACUCCAGACAAGCACCUAUAAUGACGUCUGUACCUUCUUCUCUGUAGUGCGUCCUAAGGCCAUGAUCUUGGUAUUUUCUGUGGGCUUCUUUCCUGUGUUAUGUGUGUUCAUCUAUUUCUACUGCGAUAUCUUAAAAAUUGCUUACUCUCACCAACGUCAGAUCCGAGAGGCUCAGCCUGCUGGCAGCCUUCCUCAGCAACCGGGUUACUUUCACCGAGAUAUGAAAGCCUUGCGGACAGUGACAAUCCAGGUGGGCUGUUUCACCCUGUCUUGGGCACCGUUCUUUGUGGUUUGUGCUAUACAAGCUUGUUGUGAGACGUGUUACCUGUAUCAAGUAAUAGAGAACUACCUAUGGCUCUUGGGACUUUCCAACUCCUUGCUUAAUCCAUUGGUCUAUGCUUGUUGGCAACGAGAUGUCAGGGAACAGGUAUGGCUGCUGUUUAUUCACAUGAAGACCAUAGUUGUUUCAGCAACAGUGUGGAAAAACAGGGCAAGAGGGGUCAACAUUGCUCACGUACAUCACAACCAAAUUGAAGCAACUGCACCUGCAAUGUGAUAUUUUCUGCUGGACGCAAAAGAAGACUGCAUCUUCCUCCUACUUAGCAGUGAAUAAUGAAACAAAAGGGCAUCAAACUGUCUAAAAAGGACUUGUUUGUGGAUUUGUAAAAGUAUAUAAUGCAUCCUACCUUUUUGACUUUUCUAGCACAACAAACUCAAAUAAAAUUACAGGAGUCAAAAUA